AUGGUAGACGCCCAAGCCAUCCGUGGUCGCCUUGGCCAGGUCACCCAAUCAUCCCGCACCGUCAUGCGCUGUCUCAACAGUGGCCGUGACUCUCAGGAAUCAUCUCAGCGGGCCAUUGCACUCCUGACAGAUAUUCUGGAUAUCCACUAUCGCCUCAGGGACCAGAUUAGCUGGGGAGAUGAGAAGUGGCACGUCGACCCGGCUCGGCUGGAAAGUCUACAGGAGUUGCUCGCGUGGUUCGAGUCGACCAUGAAAUCAAUCGAGUUGUAUUUCCAACCGGGCGGGGUGGGGGUGUGCUUUUUUCGUCGGAAUCUACUGGACAGGACGUAUAUUCCGCGGCUGGAGCAGUUCAAGGUCCUGUUUCUCCUUUCCAUGCAGGCCGAUUCCAGGGAGAGAUCCUUUCUCGACGAGGAGAUCCGGGAAGGUCUUAAGGCCUGUCGAGAAGUAGACUCUGCUUGGACAGAGCCCGAGGUCGACCUGAAAUUUGAAGAGAAAGUACUGGGCCUCACCAGUCAACUAUGCUCGGAACAGUUCAUCGCCCUUGCAGACUUCUGUAACAGACGCCUUCAGGGGACCUGCCAGUGGAUCUUCGACGACGGGCAAUACAGACGAUGGCUGCUCGGUUCAUUCAAAACUCUCUAUUUCGCUGGUCCUCCUGGAGCGGGUAAGACCUUUCUUGCAUCCACGGUGAUCGACCGUUUGCAAAGAACAUUCACGACCCCUGAUGUUGCAACCGUGUAUAUCUUUUGUCAAGAUGAAAAGCAAAAGGAGCAGACAUCUACAGACAUUCUUCGGAACAUCCUAGCCCAGCUUGUGUACCGCAAGCGAAGUGUCUCCUACACCACUUCUGCUCUAUACCAUUCGGAGGCCACAUCAAAGGGGAGGGCGUCGCCCAAAUCCUACCAGAAUGCGAUCAGAGCGGAAGUCAAUCGGUUCUCGAAGGUUUACCUAAUCAUUGAUGGGCUUGAUAUGUUCUCUGACAAAGAGCGCAUCAUCAGUCGUCUUCAGAAGCUUCCGGAGCAAGCACAGCUUCUCGUGACAUUGCGUGAAGUCACUCAAGUUGGGAAUGCUUCCUAUGUGAACGUUCUGGCCGCGCCGGAGGAUUUGCAUCUGUAUACAUUUGCCCGCAUCCAACUUGAUCCAGAGAUGAAGGAGCUCUUGAGCAAUGGAUCGGGUCCUUUGCUUCAGAAGGAGGUAAUCCGCACAGUAAUGGAGAAGAGCUACGGCGUAUUCCUUCUAGCCAAGAUACACAUGGAUUUGCUCGCCCGAUAUACGGACAGAAACCUUCUGGAAAGAGCCCUCGUCCAUCUUCCAGUAAGCUUGAGUGAAGCAUAUGGCGAGGCAAUGAAACAGGUAGUCAGUGCGAGCCCGCUGGCCGCUCGCUACGUCUAUUGGACUCUAUACGCCUUUCGGCCUCUGUCGGUCGCGGAGCUGAAGCAUGCGACCAAGGGCUCUGCCAGCGAGAGUGACAGUCAGGUCCAGACUUUUGAACAGUCUUUACAAACACAGACUGCCGGAAUUCUGACUGUCGAUGCGGGGACUGGAACCGUUCGCUUCGUCCACAAGACCGCCAAAGAAUAUCUGAAUGGGACGGCAGCGAGGGUCUUCUUUCCGACCGCUCAGAAAGAUAUCGCCGAGGUCUGCCUGACCGCUAUAACUCCCGAUGAAGUUGUUGACGAAUGCUAUCAAAACAGUGGAACGACCCCUAGAAUCACAAGCGGUGGUUUCCUUAACUACGCGGCUACGUAUUGGGGCUACCAUGCGAAGGCAGUCUCGGAAGACGAGCAAACAAUUCAGGUUUUGAUCAAGACGUUCUUGAACAAGCUUCUAUGGAGACGACCUCCUCUCCAGGUGUCGAUUGACACACAGACAAUCCCCACAGAGCUAGGCUUAGGGAAGUACCCUCCAAGCUGGAGUGCGAUUCACUUUCUCGCUUUCUUUGGGAUUGUCAGCAAAUCGAAGCGUCUGCUUGUUCAGGGCGCAGACAUCAACGCACACGAUAAUACGCUGAAGAUCACCCCAUUACACUGUGCAGCCUAUCGUGGCAACGAUGAUAUGGCAGAGUUUUUGCUGGACAGUGGUGCCGAUGGCAAUGCGGUUGCGAGAAAUGGCAAUACAGCCUUGCACCUGGCCACGCAGUACGGCCAACGAAAAGUCAUGAAGCUGUUGCUCGCUCGACGAGUGAAUACGCAAAUUGCCAACCAGGAUGGGUCAACCGGUCUCCAGCUUGCUGUGGGCACAGAAUCCGAUGAGGCAACUAUCCCGUUGCUGGUGAAGAACAAGGUAGAUGUCAACGUCCGAAACAUCAAAACCGGAAAUACGGCGCUGCAUAUGGCUGUUGAGGCGCGACGGCCGCGCAUCAUUCUGUUCCUCCUGGAUAGAGGCGCCACCAUUGACAUGACCAAUGAAGACGGCCUAACGCCUCUUCAGAUGGCAGCAAAAACCAACAAUUGCGAGGCCAUUUCUCUGCUGCUUCAACGGUGCGCAAAGGUCGAGGCUCGAUCCCUGUCUGGUUUCACGGCUUUGCAACUUGCAGUGCAUGAGAAUCACUGGAUAGCCUUCGACUUGUUGCUCAUCGGCGGUGCAAAUAUCAAUGCAUGGAGUAAGAACGGAGAGACUCUACUCCACGAGCAAGCAAAGAAAGCCUGCGGUAUUGCAGUUGCCUCGAAGCUCCUCGAACAAGGUGCCAAUAUUGAGGCUCGCAACUCGCGAGGAUAUACCCCCUUGCAGGUCGCCGCCUUGGAAGGGAACAGAGAAAUGGUCAUGUUUCUUUUCGGUCGCGGGGCGAAACUUGACGUCGAAACCGCAAAGGGAGAAUCUCUGCUUCAUAUUACACCCCCUGUCGACGAGGACUACCUUGAGAUUCUCAGUUUGUGCUUGCACUAUGAGCUAGACGUGACUGCCGUCUCCAGUCAAGGAUGGAUGCCUCUCCAUCAGGUCGUUUACGUGGGCACGGGUGCUCUCGACCUGUCAUAUGACAAGACUGAGGACUAUGUCCGCUUUCUUGUAGGACAAGGCGCGGACAUCAACGCACGCGCCGUUUCAGCCACUGCCGAGACACCACUACAUCUAGCUGCCAUGGCCGUGGUUCCUAGGGCGUCCUUGAUCACGCUGCUUGUGAGCCUAGGCGCCGAAAUCAAUGCCUUGACUACGGACGGGAAAUCGGCCCUUCAUUUGGCUGCCGAGCGAGGUCGGGAGUCUAUCUUCCGGGCCCUACUUGAAGCUGGCGCCGAUAUUUCCCUGGAGGCUCCGGAUAGUGCAAAACCCGACAAUGGCAGUGGACCUGGUGUUGGCAGCACCGCAUUGGAUCUUGCCCGCAAGAACCCUCUUGGGAGUCUAUGGUUUGAUGAGGAUGGCGAGCUACGUCCAGCCUCGAGCAGAUCGCGACGAGACAGUGUAGGAAGUGUAGACAGCAUUGGAACUGAUAUUGAGGAUUUGCAUCAUGACGGGUCCGACAAUGACACCGGGGGGUCAACACUGGUUGGAAGUGAGCAGCCUGCCCUCGAAAUCACGUCCUCGAACGACCGUCUGCUCCACCGAACCCAAUCGACCUCGACGAGCGACCAAGCUACGCGAUCGCUUUCCAUCACGCAAGCCAUGAUCUGUUCCUCAAAGGGGAUUUAA